AUGGCCAGUGAACGAUUGAAAAAAUAUUUCGACUUUUCUUCAAUUGAAAAGAACCGAAUUAGUGAUCAUUGUAAAUUAUGUGAUCAACAUUACAAAGAUAAAAAUGGAAUUUUCAGUAAUUUCUUAAAACAUUUGAAACGAAAACAUUUGUCGGAAUAUAAAUUAAUAUUUGUCAAACAAGAUGAAGGUUUUUCAGAAGAAGGAAUUAUUGAAGGUGACGGUCAAGCAACAACAGAACCAUCAACAAACAAACAAAAACAAAAUCGAAUUAAUACAGCUAUUGUGGAAAAUAAUUCGUUUCGUGAUUUUAUAAAAGAAUGUAACAUAAAAUGGAAUCCAGUAUCGACUAAACAUUUAAAACACGAUACAAUUGCUCGAUUUACAGAAAAAGUAAACAAAACCAUUCAUGAAACAUUAGAUGCUACUGAUUACUUAACAUUGACUGUUGAUGGAUGGUCGGAUAGGAGAUGCAGAUCGUUUUUGGGUAUAACAUGUCAUUUCAUUAAUUUCAAAAUGCAACCAGAAUCAUAUUUAAUUGAUUUUGUUCGUUUAAAAUCUCCUCAUACCGGCGAAAAUAUUCAUCAAACAACUGAAGGUAUUCUUGAUCGUUUUAACAUUAAAGAAAAGGUUUACAAAAUAGUCACUGAUAAUGCUUCAUCGAUGAUAAAGGCUUACAAAUUUGGUUUAACUGCUGAUGACGAAAUUAAUGAUAAUGAUCGUGGAAUGAAUUUAAUGUCAAACGCAAACACUAUGUUGAACGAAUAUGAUGAGGAUAUCGACAUUAAUAGUCUUCAGUUUAUAGAUAUUCAACAUAAUGAGGAUGAUGUUAUUGGUUAUGACGAUUGCCCUGAUGUACGUCUAUCGUGCUUCGCACACACUUUACAAUUAAGUAUUCGUGAUGGAUUAAAAAAUGCUCCCUAUGUACCUAAAUUACUUGGAAAAUGUCAAGCAUUAGCUAAAUUUUCACAUAAAUCGUCCAAAAUGGCCGACCUGCUCGACCAAUUGAAUAAAAACAUUAACAAAAUGAACUUAACUAGGUGGAACAGUGAAUAUUUCUUAAUAAAAUCCAUCUAUUCCAUCAGCAAAAAUGAACUUGAAUUACUUACAUCGAUAAUGGAUAAUCCGGUUAAAUUUUCUAAUAAUGAUUUAAUUAUUUUAGAAGAAAUAAUUAAUAUUCUCGAACCAUUUUAUGAGAUUUCAAUCAAAUGUCAAGCAGAAAUAGCUGUUACAGUUAGUUUAGUUGUUCCAUCAAUUGUACAUUUAACAAGUCAUCUUCAUGAUAUUAAAGAAGAUAUUUCGUUCUGUUCAAAACUCAUCGGACAACUUCAAGAAUCACUUUUUUUGCAGUCAAAGCCUUUUUAUUAA